GCAGGAGACACUGAACAGCACUGAUUUGUUUUCUUCUAGAUUUAAUUUCAUUUAGGAAUAUUGAUCCUGUCUGGCUUGGCAAUUCAACAUGAAUCAUACGUGAUUUAACUUGAUGAAAACACUCUGUGAAGAUCUGUGAACACAAGAUGGUAGUGAGCGAGAAAGUGAUGAAAGAAAGUAUUUUACCAUCAGUGCGUGAAGAUGACGAAGAAGGUGAAAGAAAUGAGACUUUAGGAGGAAUCGCAAGCAGGCCGGCCAGCAGACCCAGAAGUGUGUACAGCAGAGGAAGUGUGGAUGGACAAAGAGUACUGAGAUCAAGAUUAAGCCUUCGAGAUGAACAAAAUGCAGAUGAGCAGAAAGAAGACGAGGUUGAGACAGACAGCGGUAGCUGCCCAUGCGACGGACAGCAGAAGGAAAGAGACUGUGUCAUUACUGACGAAGAUUAUGACAUAGACCUGGAGCUCGACGCCUUCCACAAUGAAAGGCAGGCAUAUGACCCCACAGGCCAAACCCGCUACAAAGAGGCUUGUAAAAUGCUGAGCGUAACCCCGAUGUCCUGCUUUCUGAGAAAUAUAAACCAGAGUGAGCUCAACAUGAUGCAUUGUGGCUUGGGCCUGCAGGGUACCAAAGCUCUCGCCGUUUCCUUGGUUACUAACACCUCCAUCCUGAAGCUGAACUUGCGAGAUAAUUGGAUGGAAGAAAUGGGCGCGGCUGCCAUGGCUGAUAUGCUCAAAGAGAACUGUUACAUCACAGAAAUUGAUUUGUCUGAAAACAGCGUGGGUGAACACGGAGCCAGGGCUCUGUCCGGCAUGCUGCUGGAAAACACUACCUUAGUGUCUCUCAAGCUGUCAGGGAGCCAUCUGGACGAGCGUGCGGCCAGACACCUGGCUCCAGCUCUGGUCAGCAACCAGAAACUUCAGCAUCUCGACCUGAGUCACAACAGAUUUGGAGACAUCGCAGGGGAAAUUCUGGGUGCUGCCAUUGCAGACAACACAGGAAUGAAGUCACUCAAUCUGGCUUGGAAUAGCAUUCGCGGAAAUGGAGCCAUUGCAUUUGUGAAAGGCCUGGAGGCAAACAUCUUCUUGCGGACGUUGGAUUUGUCAUACAACGGGUUGGGUAAAGAGGGAGCCAAAGCUUUAGAGGAAGUCCUCAAACACAACAACACACUCGAGGAUCUGAAUAUCGGCAUUAACAGCAUCCCAAUUGUAGGCGCCAUAAAUUUGGCAAUGGGCCUCAAAGUGAACUCAACUCUGCGGAUUCUCAAAAUGUCUCGUAAUCCAAUGCAGUCGGCAGGGUGCUUUGCCAUUCUGAAAUCAGUGCAGGCAAACCCAAAAUCAGCUGUGGAGUUCCUGGACUUUUCUGACAUUUGCGUGGACCAAGAGUUUGAGGACUUGUUUAACACAGUCAAAGAGACAAUCCCGAACUUGCAAGUGAAACAUGGUGAAAAAAUCAAAGCUGAGCUUAAAAAGAGCUGAACAGCUAAAAAAGCAUGGACAAUUUUGUUAUCAGUUGCAAAUAAAGCUGAGACUCUGAUUUAAUCCUCAAAUUCCUCCACAUUAUAAUAGGAUUAGAUUACAGUUUGUCUUGGUUUCUGGUUUGGGAACAAUGAUUUAUUUGAAGGCAUUGGUGAGCUUAGACUAUGAAAGAUAGACAUACAGCUGCGGAAAAAUUAUGAGACCAUUCCAAUUUUUCAUUUCAAAUCAUCAAUUCUAGAUGUGUUGUGGUCAUUCCAGUCUAGUGUCUCUUGAAUCUCAACAAAAUCAAACCUCAGGAGUGACAUAAAGUCAUCCAACAGCAACGUGAAAGACUGACAGCAUGAUAAGACACAUGAAAACUGUGAUCAAAAUCCAGGUUAUCACAUAAAAAAACUAUUAUUGAACUUUUCCUAAAUACAUGUACAAGUAUUGCUGUUGUAUUGCUUAAAAGUGAAUAUGAACUUGUUUUCUUUGCAGUAUUUGAGGCCUGAAAAAACACAGAGCAUCUUUUCUGUUAUUUUCACCUGUUUCUCCAGUUUUCAUUUUCCGCAAAUAAAUGCAAAUAUAUAUUUUUUUUAAUUUGGGAGAAAUAUUGUUAGUAGUUCACAGA